AUACUCUACUGCAAGAAAGCCAAAUUUGGGGCUCUUUAUACUGCUGACUAUAACCUUAUCCAGGUUUCUCAGCGCUUGCUGAAAAAGACUUCUGUUCUUCUAUACCUUUAAAAGGGACCACAAGGCUAUUCUCCUCAGCAGGAUUUAAGAUUUUCCUGGAUACUUUCCCCCUGCCCUGCCAAGAUGAUUGACCUAAGCUUCCUAACAGAGGAAGAGCAGGAGGCAAUAAUGAAGGUGCUGCAACGGGAUGCAGAGCUUAAAAGAGCUGAAGAAGAGAGAGUCAGACAUUUACCAGAAAAAAUCAAAGAUGAUGUCCAGCUAAAGAAUAUGAGUGGACAGUGGUUUUAUGAAGCAAAGUCAAAGAGGCACAGAGAUAAGAUACAUGGAGCAGAUAUUAUUAGAGCUUCUAUGCGAAGGAAGCCUGCCACGCUUGCUGAAGUGAGUCAGAACAAACCAAACAAAGCACAGAAUAGCUGGGUGAGCAAUAUCAAUAAAGAAGUCUUUGUACCACCAAAACUAUACGAUGUUGUGGAACAUGAAGAAGAAGUGAAAUCUAGUUCAAGGCUUGUCUCCUACUAUGCAUUUGUACAAUACCUUCUAGCAGUUCCGUCUUUCACUUUCAUGGUCUGCAAAGUGGGCAACCACCCUCACGAUGAGUGGCACCAAAGUUCUAAAACAAUAACCUCUGUGUUAGACAAACCACAGGGACAAUCUGGGAAGGCAGCAGUCUCACCAGUAAAGCAAAGGAGUAAUCCAUUUAAUUCUACUUCGUCAAGUGAGAACCCAAAUAGUGGAGAAGUAGAAAAUGGACCAGUCAGACCUCAGACAUCAAAGAAGGAAAUGUUGUCACCUUCAAAAGAGAGCCAACCUAAAACAAACUUAUUAAACAAUGAAACAGAGAAGCCUAAGAAGCCAUCUGUAGAACCUACUAAUCAAUCACAGAGAAGUCCAAUUAAGCCUCCUGUCCCAAAAGCUAGAAAAUUCAUUCAGAAAGUAACAAACCCUCUGUCACAAAACGAAGACAUUGCUCCAAAACCAGCUAAAAGAACUGACAGGGUUAAUGGCGUUGGUACACCACCCAGGGGCAUUUUGAAGCGCAGUUCAAGUUCAAGUUCCACCGAUUCAGAAGUUCUUCGUGUUAAUCAGAUGUUCGAUAUUCAGACUAAGAAUGGUCUUCCUACUUCAACUAUUUUUGAAGGAGAAGCCGAGAAGAACUCUCCUAUGGAAGAAGCAGAAGAUUCCUCACAAAUUUCACUGGAAAAACUAAAACAAGUCCGGUUCUCUUCUAGUAUAGGUAAAGGAGAACCUCUGCAAAGCCCGCAGCUGCAUCAUGGCAGAGAAGUAGGAGAGUUUGAUUUGUUAGAAUCUGAUGAAAUUGAGAGUAGUGAAAAAGAUGCUCUUACGUCAGAUUCACUUGGGAAUAAACAAAUUUCUGCUGUAAAGCCUUUGGGCACCUAUUCAGCAGCUUUACAAAUAAAUGAAACAGACAGUUUACAAGAAGAUAAAUCAGCAUCCAGUCCUUCCAGUACUAAUAGGUCAGUCUUUCUGGUUAGUGAAACCUUGCAGACAAAGACAAGUGAAACCUUGCAGACAAAGACAGUUCCUUCUAAGAAGCUUGAAACUCCAAGGAAGCCCUCCAGCAAUGACCUGCCAAAUAGCAAUAACGAACUGAGUGUUGAUGAGACAUGUGAAAACAAAUCAGACCAGUUCUUGAGCCAUGAAUCAAAAUCACUCAAAAACUUUGAAGAACAACAUCUGCCUUCUGCUAAGACAGAAGCAUGUGAGAUGUCAAAUGCCAAUUCUGCAGGUCUUCAACAAGGUUCAGAAGAAGAGUUAAACCCUGUUUUGAUGGCUUUGAAAAGGAGUGCAGAUAGGAAAGUGCCUUCCAAAAGUCUAGAGGACAUUCCAUCAGCCACCUCAAAUAAAGGAAAAAUAAAUAUUCCAAAGGAAGAAUUAGCUCUUAGUGCUGAAGAUGAUCUGAAACCUGGUGAGCAUCAAGAGAGGAAAGAAAAUGCAGCAGGAAUUUCCACAGUGCCUUCACAGCCUGAUAAGCUGUUUUCAAAUCCGGAAAAACUCAAAGGACUAAGCAAGUCAGUACCAUCGUUCCUUCAGGAAGAGAGUGAUGACAGAGAGACAGAUACAGCAUCAGAAAGCAGUUAUUCCUUUGGCAGAAUCAAGAAGAGUCCCAGCUCUCUAACCAAUCUUAGCAGCUCUUCUGGCAUGGCCUCCUUAUCCUCUGUGAGUGGAAGUCUAAUGAGCAUCUACAGUGGAGAUUUUGGGAAUGUUGAUGUGAAGGGCAACAUUCAGUUUGCUAUUGAUUACGUAGAACAGCUGAAGGAGCUCCACAUUUUUAUUUGCCAAUGUAAAGACUUGGCAGUGGCAGAUGUUAAGCAACAGCGUUCAGACCCGUAUGUAAAGACUUACCUGCUUCCAGAGAAAUACAAGCUGGGCAAACGGAAGACCUCUGUGAAAAAGAAAACAUUCAAUCCGGUCUAUAAUGAAAUACUGCGGUAUAAAAUUGAGAAGGCUGUCCUAAAGAACCAAAGGCUCAAUAUCUCUGUCUGGCACAAUGAUACCUUUGGGAGAAAUAGUUUCCUUGGUGAAGUGGAGCUAGAUUUAGGAACUUGGGACUGGAAUGAUAAAACAAACAAGCAGAUCAACUGGUUUCCGCUUAAGCCAAGGGCUUCAGCAAUGGCUCUUGAACUAGAAAACAGAGGGGAGAUGAAACUAGCCCUCCAGUAUGUCCCACAACCUGUUGGAGGAAAGAAGAUUCCAUCCACCGGUGAGGUCCACAUCUGGGUGAAGGAAUGCCAUGACCUUCCUCUUCUGAGGGGCAACCGGCUCAACUCUUUUAUUAAGUGUACCAUUCUUCCAGAUACUAGCAGGAAAAGUCGCCAGAAAACGAGAACAGUGGCAAAAACUACAAACCCAGUAUUCAACCACACCAUGGUCUAUGAUGGCUUUAGACCAGAAGAUUUGAAAGAAGCCUGCGUAGAACUCACGGUUUGGCAUCACAACAAACUAGCCAACCACUUUUUGGGAGGUCUCAGGAUAGGCCUUGGAACAGGCAAAAGCUAUGGAACUACAGUAGACUGGAUGGAUUCUACUUCAGAUGAAACUGCCCUGUGGGAGAAGAUGAUGAACUCACCAAACACAUGGAUAGAAGACACACUGCCUCUCAGGAUGCUAAUGGUUGCAAAACUGACAAAAUAAAGUGGCUUUUUAAUUGCUAGUGCCAAAAAGAAACCUUGGGAAUAAAAUUAAAGGGAGCAGGAAGAAACUUGCAAGCGGAAUACAGUGGUUCUUGUGAUGGUGUCUGUUUUCUUGCUGUUCUGUUUUGUGGUGUCAUAUUUUUAAAUUAAACUUCUACCUGCAGAUUACUAUGUAAAUUUAAGGAGUUCUUUUUUUUUUUUAUUUACUGAAAAUUAGUUUGAGUAAGAAAGAAGUCUUCUCAAUAAGACUGAGAAGUCUUCAGUGGUAGAGGUAGCUGUGAGAUUUGAAUGCUUGUAUUGCCUAAAUGAAGCGCUUCUGAUUCCUUAUCUAAAUUGGCAGCAAAAAGGAAGAGCAAGUCAUCUCUUUCUACACAUCACUAGGAUUGCUUGUAAGGUGUUUAUUAAUAAGAUAGCAAAAGACUGGUGUUUGUUGAUGCUCAUUAGUAUGUGUACACAGCUGAAUCCUCUUUAAUGUCCAGUCAGAUCUCCAGCAAGAAUUCUGAGCAUGCAGAAUUCAUUUAAAAAAAAAAAAAAAAAAAGCCCCUUUUCUAUAGUUUUAUAUUUGUAGGAUGUGAAAGUAUUUCUAUAAUGAAAGAAACAUUCUGUGGAGUGGUACUGUUGAUGUUCUGUCCUGCAAGGUACAGAGGACUGUUAAUUCCAAUGAAGAAUCAGGGUCAUAAAGAGUCUGCUUAUAUGUGUAAUUAAUCACCUUGCUGGUAUACUAACCUUACUCUUAAAUGCGGAAGGGAUUGAUGUCGAAUUUUUUUUUCUUCAAAUGCUACUCUAAAGCAUCUAAAAUUGCCAGUUUUAAUGAUGACAAAUAGGUUGGCUAUUUAUUUGUAUUUUCUGUACCUUGUUGGCUUGUUUUUUUUCCAAAAAAAUAAUUUAUCUGUACUUUAGCGCCACCGUUAGGAGAUUGGUGGGAUUAUGGUAGUCAGCUUUGUAGCAUAUGAAAUAGGACUGGAAUUUGUCACCUGUAGAAACGCAUGCCAGUAACAAAAGCUAAAUGCAUAAAAUACAUUUUGUAUUACAAUGUUUUGGAUUUUUUUUGUUUUUUA